AUGUCAUGCAUACACAUCUGUCGGGGACAUCAGCUAUCCUCCCUCUGUUUCGUACACAAUGACAGAAUCGGUGGUCGUGACUUGAUCGCCUCCUCCACCAUCUGGACUGUGGUUUUCGCCACGAUCACUAGUCAGAUGGACCAUACUCCGCCCCUCCUUCUCCCCUCCUCAAUGGAGAGCAACAUAGACAACGCCAAGACCACACCAAUCGCCUUGUCUGUCAGGACAUCGUCACCGCCACCUCCACCGUCACCAACAGUGGCAAAUCCGCCCUCCACUCAACACCCAAUCAACAGUCACCUGAUCCCCAUUCGGCCGACUGGUCGAUCAAUCACGUGA